AUGGUAAUGCAUUGUGACAACCAGUCUGGCAUUUAUAUUACACAGAAUCCUGUGUUUUAUGAGAGGACAAAACAUAUUGAAGUUGACUGUAAUUAUGUUAGAGAUGCUUGGGAGAAGAAGAUAGUAUCUCUCAUAUUUACUCCGUCUUCACAGCAACUUGCUGAUAUUCUUACCAAGGCUAUUUCUUUAAAGAAAAAGCUCUUCUUCGCUUGGCUGAAAAUCAACGAGCUAAGAAACAUAGUCGCAGCUAAAAGGAUCCUAAUCCAACGUCGAAAGCACAAGCUGAGAUUAUCUCGGGUCCUCAAUCCUCAAGUCCAUUUCCUUAACCAAUGGGAGCCUCUUGCAAAGAGACACAUCGAAUCCAUAACGGGAUUGUCCAAAGUUUUAGAAGCUGUCUGCAUCCCAAUUCCUCUUGUUGACGGCGCCCAGACUAAUUUAGUGUUGCUACAUAGUUAUUUUUCUAUGUCAAUGGAGAUUAUGGUGGAAAUCGAAGCUGCAGUCAGGCUAUUCUACUCAAAGGUUGAAGAAGUGAGCACAAUACUAGCCCAAUUGGCAGAGACCGUAGGUCUAGAAAUGGAGGGCAUCGAGGAAUUGAUCAAAACAAGCAAAAAGAUCACCAAAUUGGAGAUGCACGAGACGAGUCUGAGAGCUAAUCUGAUUCAAGCAGUGAAGAAGGAAGUUGAGCCAACUCCAUUAUCAACCUUAAGACUGCAGUCAUGGACGCAGAGUCAUCAAUGGCCUAUUUACUAACCUUUGCAGUUCUCUUUUCCAUAGAUUGUGUUUUCAUAAAGUAUUUAUGUGUAUUUAUUCCUC